ACUUUCGAGUAAAUAAAUAAAGCGAAAUUUACCAGGCGUAGUAUUCAGAACGCACGGUGGCGGCAACAAAAGACGUAGACGGAGGAAGAAGAAGAAGAAGAAGAAGAAGAAGAAGAAGGUGCAUAAGUCAGUAACAAUGGCCGAAGCUCCAAAGCUCUUCACCAACAAACCCAAAAAGGCACAGCUGAAACAAUUUCAAGAGCAACAGAAAGGUAAGGACUUUUCUUCGCCGUUGCCGCCGAAGCCGCUGUCUUCUUCUUCAUCUUCGUCUUCAAUGGGGACUCAGUCUUCUUCAUCUAAGCCACCACCUCAGCCACCAAAGGAGUCGUUUGCGCGGCGUUACAAGUUCCUCUGGCCUAUGAUUCUGACCGUUAAUAUUGCUGUUGGAGCUUACCUCUUUAUGAGGACAAAAAAGAAGGAUACAGAUGUAGAGGAAGAAUUCACACCUCCAGUUUCAACAACAUCUUCUACAACUGUUCAUGUUGUUGAGAAACCGCUUCAGGCACCAACCAUCAAAGAGCCUGUAAAGUUGCAGGAACCAGUUUCAGAGGAUCAACAGCGUGAAAUUUUCAAGUGGAUUUUGGAAGAGAAAAGAAAGGUCAAACCAAAAAAUCCUGAAGAAAAGAAGCGAAUUGACGAAGAGAAAGCCAUUCUCAAACAGUUUAUUCGGGCAAAAUCUAUUCCAGCCAUCUAGCUGUUGAAACACUUGUUCUUGAAUAUAAAAAUUGUGACAGGGAGAUUUGUUUUUCAAAAGAAUUCUCUCUUCUUUGUUCGUCGUGGUGUUAUGCUUCUACUUUCUUUGGAUGGCAAUGACUCCUGUUUUCUUUACCAAACUGCAUGACUAAAACUUUUGGAAUUCUUUUUCGUUUAGCUGUGGGAUAACAGUAUUGUAUAGUGUACUUGUCAGAUUAAAACUGUGAUUCCUUGCUA